CUCGGCGCGCAUGCUGCGCGGGGGCUCCAGGCUGACGCGCACCCAUUCGCUCUCCCCUCCAGUCCGGUUGUCACUGCCUCCACCCCACCGGUCUGGGAUGUACCUUUCCAUCUGUUGCUGUUUUCUGCUCUGGGCCCCUGCCCUGACGCUCAAAAACCUGAACUACUCCGUGCCGGAGGAGCAGGGGGCCGGCACGGUGAUCGGCAACAUCGGCAAAGAUGCGCGGCUGCAGCCGGGGAUUCCGCCCGCAGAGCGCGGCGGCGGCGGGCGCAGCAAGUCCGGCAGCUACCGGGUGCUGGAGAACUCGGCGCCGCACCUGCUGGACGUGGACGCGGACAGCGGGCUCCUCUAUACCAAGCAGCGCAUCGACCGCGAGUCCCUGUGCCGCCACAACGCCAAGUGCCAGCUGUCCCUCGAGGUGUUCGCCAACGACAAGGAGAUCUGCAUGAUCAAGGUGGAGAUCCAGGACAUCAACGACAACGCGCCCUCCUUCCCUUCCGACCAGAUCGAGAUGGACAUCUCGGAGAACGCGGCCCCCGGCACCCGCUUCCCCCUCACCAGCGCGCACGAUCCCGACGCGGGCGAGAACGGGCUCCGCACCUAUCUGCUCACCCGCGACGACCACGGCCUCUUCGCGCUGGACGUCAAGUCCCGUGGCGACGGCACCAAGUUCCCAGAGCUGGUCAUCCAGAAGGCGCUGGACCGCGAGCAGCAGAACCACCACACGCUCGUGCUGACCGCCCUGGAUGGCGGGGAGCCGCCGCGCUCCGCCACUGUGCAGAUCAACGUGAAGGUGAUCGACUCCAACGACAACAGCCCCGUCUUCGAGGCGCCCUCCUACCUGGUGGAACUGCCCGAGAACUCCCCGAUGGGCACCGUGGUCAUCGACCUGAAUGCCACGGACGCCGACGAAGGCCCCAAUGGCGAAGUGCUCUACUCCUUCAGCAGCUACGUGCCCGACCGCGUGCGGGAGCUCUUCUCCAUCGACCCCAAGACCGGCCUGAUCCGUGUCAAAGGCAACCUGGACUAUGAGGAGAACGGCAUGCUGGAGAUCGACGUGCAGGCUCGAGACCUGGGUCCCAACCCCAUCCCGGCCCACUGCAAGGUCACUGUCAAGCUCAUCGACCGCAACGACAACGCGCCGUCCAUCGGUUUCGUCUCCGUGCGCCAGGGGGCGCUGAGUGAGGCCGCCCCGCCAGGCACCGUCAUCGCCCUGGUGCGGGUCACUGACCGCGACUCGGGUAAGAACGGGCAGCUGCAGUGCCGGGUCCUGGGCGGAGGUGGGGCGGCCGGCGGCCUGGGCGGGUCGGGAGGAUCGGUGCCCUUCAAGCUGGAGGAGAACUACGAUAACUUCUACACGGUCGUGACUGACCGCCCGCUGGACCGGGAGACACAGGACGAGUACAACGUGACCAUCGUGGCGCGGGACGGGGGCUCCCCUCCCCUCAAUUCCACCAAGUCCUUCGCCGUCAAGAUUCUGGAUGAGAAUGACAACCCACCUCGUUUCACCAAGGGACUGUACGUGCUGCAGGUGCAUGAGAACAACAUCCCAGGAGAGUACCUGGGCUCCGUGCUCGCCCAGGACCCCGACCUGGGCCAAAACGGCACGGUGUCCUACUCCAUCCUGCCCUCGCACAUCGGCGACGUGUCCAUCUACACCUAUGUGUCCGUGAACCCCACCAACGGGGCCAUCUACGCCCUGCGCUCCUUUAACUACGAGCAGACCAAGGCUUUUGAGUUCAAGGUGCUGGCUAAGGACUCGGGGGCGCCCGCGCACCUGGAGAGCAAUGCCACCGUGAGGGUGACAGUGCUGGACGUGAAUGACAACGCGCCGGUGAUCGUGCUGCCCACGUUGCAGAACGACACGGCCGAGCUGCAGGUGCCGCGCAACGCCGGCCUGGGCUACCUGGUGAGCACCGUGCGCGCCCUGGACAGCGACUUCGGCGAGAGCGGGCGCCUCACCUACGAGAUCGUGGACGGUAACGAUGACCACCUGUUUGAAAUAGAUCCGUCCAGCGGCGAGAUCCGCACGCUGCACCCCUUCUGGGAGGACGUGACUCCCGUCGUGGAGCUCGUCGUGAAGGUGACUGACCACGGCAAGCCCACCCUGUCCGCGGUGGCCAAGCUCAUCAUCCGCUCGGUGAGCGGCUCCUUGCCCGAGGGGGUGCCCCGGGUGAACGGGGAGCAGCAUCACUGGGACAUGUCGCUGCCGCUCAUCGUGACUCUGAGCACUAUCUCUAUCAUCCUUCUCGCGGCCAUGAUCACCAUCGCUGUCAAGUGCAAGCGAGAGAACAAGGAGAUCCGCACUUACAACUGCCGCAUCGCGGAGUACAGCCACCCGCAGCUGGGCGGGGGCAAGGGCAAGAAGAAGAAGAUCAACAAAAACGAUAUCAUGCUGGUGCAGAGCGAGGUGGAGGAGAGAAACGCCAUGAACGUCAUGAACGUGGUGAGCAGCCCCUCCCUGGCCACCUCCCCCAUGUACUUCGACUACCAGACGCGCCUGCCCCUCAGCUCGCCCCGGUCGGAGGUGAUGUAUCUCAAGCCGGCCUCCAACAACCUGACUGUUCCUCAGGGGCACGCGGGCUGCCACUCCAGCUUCACCGGACAAGGGACUAAUGCCAGCGAGACCCCAGCCACUCGGAUGUCCAUAAUUCAGACAGACAAUUUUCCCGCAGAGCCCAAUUACAUGGGCAGCAGGCAGCAGUUUGUUCAAAGUAGCUCCACGUUUAAGGACCCAGAAAGAGCCAGCCUGAGAGACAGUGGGCACGGGGACAGUGAUCAGGCUGACAGUGACCAAGACACUAACAAAGGCUCCUGCUGUGACAUGUCUGUUAGGGAGGCACUCAAGAUGAAAACUACUUCAACUAAAAGCCAACCACUUGAACAAGAGACCAGGGGUCAAGCAGGCCCACUGAGAGCUGAGAGGAGCCUUGGUAGAAAUGUAAAGGCAACUCUAAUGAUGGGACUUGCUGUUUUUUGUCUUGCAGAACCAGAAGAGUGCAUUAAUUGCACAGAUGAAUGCCGAGUGCUUGGUCAUUCUGACAGGUGUUGGAUGCCACAGUUCCCUGCAGCCAAUCAGGCUGAAAACGCAGAUUACCGCACAAAUCUCUUUGUACCCACAGUGGAAGCUAAUGUUGAGACUGAGAGUUACGAAACUGUGAAUCCCACUGGGAAAAAGACCUUUUGUACAUUUGGAAAAGACAAGCGAGAGCACACUAUUCUCAUUGCCAAUGUUAAACCUUAUUUAAAAGCCAAACGUGCCCUGAGCCCCCUCCUCCAAGAGGUGCCCUCAGCAUCAAGCAGCCCCACCAAGGCAUGCAUGGAGCCUUGCACCUCAACGAAAGGCUCUCAGGAUGGCUGCGAAGCGAAACCAGGAGCCCUGGCCGAAGCAAGCAGCCAGUAUUUGCCCACUGACAGUCAGUAUCUGUCGCCCAGUAAGCAACCAAGAGACCCUCCCUUCAUGGCUUCCGAUCAGAUGGCAAGGGUCUUCGCCGACGUCCACUCCAGAGCCAGCCGGGAUUCCAGCGAGAUGGGGGCCGUUCUCGAGCAGCUUGACCACCCCAGCAGGGAUCUGGGCAGAGAGUCGGUGGAUGCGGAGGAAGUCGUGAGAGAAAUUGAUAAGCUUUUGCAGGACUGUCGGGGAAAUGACCCUGUGGCUGUGAGAAAGUGAGAGGAGGAAAUCAAACAACAACAACAACAAAAAGCAUUGGCAUUUUCUGAUCUCUUCUGUUGAUGUAAAAAUGAUCCCUCCUGGUGACAACCUGGUUUAGAGGGAUGAAGAGACCAAUGCUGCUUUAAGGCUUUCCGUGAACAUCUGAAGUGCCCACAAGUAUGUCCUUUUCACUGCUAUUUUUUUUUCAGAGAUAACAAUGGUUGUGUUUUGACCAAACUUAUAUUAGGACAGAAUUGAUGAUGCUCAAAGAGGAAAGAAAAACAGAGAAGAAAAAGGAGGAUGAGGAGGCAAGAUACCUUCUGACCAUCUGUUAGGAGGUAUGCGUGGGAGAAGUGAAGUGUUCCUGAUCACUGUAAGACUGUCCUCCGUGACUUACGCUGACUCCACUGUUUACCUAUAAACCCCAUACAAAGCAGGGUCAUAACGUGUGCUCUGUGGUGGAUUUUUAGCAGUCAUCACAGGCUUCUACUGAAAGUCCCGCAAAGACCUUGCAGUAGUCCAAGCUACACCAAACAUGAAUACAUAUUUGUGGUAAGCAUUUCUGUACAAAGUUACCUGCCACACAUAUCAACACAAAGAACAUUCCAUAUCAUUAGUUGGAAAAAAAAAAUUAAAAAUACUUGGUCAUUUGUAAGACGCCUCAUGUCGUAUAAAAGUUAAGUGUAAAAAGAUAUAGUCCAUUUUGUCCUGCACACACACAGACUAAUUCACUUCAUUAAAAGAGGAGAAAAUUUGACGUUUUAAAAUUUCUCUUUAGCAUUUUAGUGUCCUACAAAUAUAUAAAUAAUGACGGAUAUAUUUUUAAUUUGACCUAGAAAGAUUCUGAAAAAUAGUUACCCUUGAGUAAUACUAUUCAGAGAAAAUUAACAUGAUUAAUGUGUUUUACUUAUUUGUGGACACUAAAAUAGCUUAGGAAAGGGAAAAUGUCUUAGACAUACACCAAUCACAUGAUCAUUUAUAUGUGCAAAUGUAAGAAGAUUCAAUGUGUUUACAUCAAAUGACAUAUUUUUAUUGAUUUAUUGCAGAUUCAGUGCAUAUGAGCCAAAUUGUUGAGUGUAUAAGAGCUAUAUUGUGUAUUUUAUUAAAUUAAUAUAUAGUUGUGUUGCAAAAAUAUUUGGGCUUAUAUUGUAAAUGGCAAGUGUUGCCUCAGUAGCUGUCGAACUCUAUGAGUUUUGUUUUUUCCUGCUUCCUUUUCCCCAUGGAGUGUGGGAAGCAGUGCCUCAGAGCAAAGUCUCUUGUUUAAUGUAUAGUCUACCAAGUACUACAGUACAUAAUCUGUUCAAAAUGUGUUUGAGUGAGCCGAUGGAGCUAUAUGAAAGGUCAAAAAAUACAUCUGUCAGUCAUGGUUAUGUGCAAGUCCUUGUAGAAGCUUUUAUUAAAGUCAUGCUAAAUCACACGAAUGGCAUUUGUACCAAUACCUGAAAUUUCUUCAUGUUUUCUCAAUAACAGACAGUUUCUGCCUCUGUAGAUAUCAUACUGUUGAUUGGUUUUAAAAGUAUCUUAUGUGGUUCAAGAUGUGUGUUCCCAUUGAUUUCAAAACCAUGAAAAAUGCUUUAAUGCAUGUGUGAUACCAGCCCUAGUUACUUGCAUUGUGUAGUGUUUUUCAAGAGGCCUGGGUCUUAACAGAAUGUUUUCCAUUUUUCUCAAUGUUCUUCUGCCUCUUUUUAUUGGUGUCCUUUGAGAAAAAUACACCUCCUAUUCCUUCA